CGGAAAACAGCGGUAACCGGGAAAUUAGAAAGUUAACUCUCCCUCUACCGGAUGGACGGUGUUGCUGUGUUUGUUUGAGCAACAAUUACCAGCUCGGCUGGCAAUGAAGCCAGUGAGGUGAGCGAGGCGCUCUUUCAGCCGGCUCCACUGUAGUUGACCAGGGGGUCAGCCCAGGCAGUGCAGGCUGGCCCUGAAUCGGCCCUCCCACAUCCAAACACUUCCACCGUCCACCUCUCAGCCCUCGGCAUGGAAAAGACGCAGGCGGGGAAGCAGCCGCCGAAAGGCUUCAGAAAGAAAAUCGGCCGGGUCUUCCAACGCAGCAAGUCAACCGGAGACCAGGAGGAAGAUGCCCAGGGCGGGUGCAAGGACUCGCAGGCUGCCAGCCACAAGAAGAGAAGCUGGGGAUCCUGGCGACAGAAGAAGUCUCGGACGCCCACCACCCCGCUGCUGGCUGGAGGAGACAGGCGCGAUUUCACCUCUACAAACAUCGUAACGUCUGUCCAAACCGAUGAUUGCAAUCAAGAUGAACAGGUCACAUGGGACUCUAAAGUGGUGUACAACAAUGAACAGGUAGCAGACACUAUUCGGAGCACAAAGCUGGAACCCAAAAGUCCAAAAAGCCCCAAAAGCCCAACUGGAAAAUCUAGCAAGUUUCAAAAUAAUCGUUUUCCCAGCUCCGGAAAGGCAGAAGAGGGCAAAAGAAACCAAGUGCUGGAUUACUUGGGAGGGAUUUUUACUUCUGGUAGGAAAAAAAGUUUGAAAGCAUCAUCUGCAGUGCCUUUAAGCCCAAGUAAUUCUGUUGAGGAAUCUACUCCAGCAGCAAAAGAGUUAAGCACUCCUGGACAACACUCGAGUAACAUUCAGGAUUCAGCAUCUUCCAAACACCGUGAGAGUGUAGGACUGACUGAGGUUGAUGUCCUUGACCACAAUCGAGCAGAGGUAUGUUCAGCUUCUCCAGAUGAAAGUUGCCCAAUUGCUGUCUCAAGCGAUCCAGGUAAACAGUCUGCAAGUUUGUCUGAAAAUCGGAAAGUCUCAGUAAUUGAUAUCAGCCUGCAAAGCUCAAACAGAGACCCUAAGCCCAAAGGUCUUAAAGGGCAGUUCUCUAUUGAAGUUGUGCAUAGUAACCCAACAAAAGAAGUUGGAAGUGAUGUGUUAAAUAUAUUGGCAAAUAAGGUGGAACCUUCAUUCACGUCUGGUUCUGGAGAUGCAAGUUUGCAACGUAUUGACAGAACUAUAAAGGAGAGAGAAGUUGCUGAACACAGUGACACCUCUGUCAAUGAAAAUAAAUCCCAGCACACCCAACCAAAGAAUGACAACAAAUUUGUAAAUAGUGACAGACUUACUGAAGGCCAGUGUGAUUGUGAAGGGGAUGAGAAAUGUAUAGAUCUACCAGCCAAAAAGGAAUAUAUUUUGUCAAUAUCUGAGACUGUGAGAAUUGAACAGGUAGCCAAAGUUGCUGAAAUUGACAUAAACCCACCUAAAGUCAAAGUAGAUUCCGGUAUAAAGUUGUCAGAAGCAUCUGUUUCAUUGCCCAUUAAUAGCAUUGGUGUGGAAUUCAAAGGGUUGGAAAAGCCAUUGAAAGAAGACGACGACAAACAGUUGAACUAUUCCACACUUCCAGAGUUUAAAAAGGACAUCAGAAAUCACAGUAUUUCUGAAAAAACGAAGUUUACACCUGACGUGGUAAAGCAACAGUGUUCAUCAAAGGAAGACUAUCUCGCAGCAGGAGCAAAUAAAACUGAAGUGGAGAAGGCGAGGUCCUCUUACAUAACACACAUUGGUGAAGAUCCAGCACAGUUACUCAAAGUUGAGAGUCACGCUGCAGAUAACCCAUCAGGAGAAGAAUCAAAUACCAAUAAACCUGUUUCUAAUUCUCAUACCAAUGCAAAAACUUCUAAAAGUACAGAGGGAAAGUCAAAUAGUUUGGAGUUAGGCAUUGAAUUAACACUGGUUAAUUCCUUUGAAAUGGAUAAGUCACCCUCUGAUGGGAAACAAGGUGGAAAAAAGGGAAAAAGGAGACGGUCUAUGAAAUCUAAUCAGUCUGGUAGGAACACUGGGAAUGCAGAAACUGAUGCAAUUGAAGAAAGCUUUAAACAGAAUGACUCUGACGUAAAUGAGGUGAAGCUGACACAGCAGUCCCCUGAAGUCCCAGAUAAACUGUUGCCGUCACCAACGCAAGGCACUCCGCCAUUAGUCUGCAGUAACGCAUUACCAGAAUCUGUUCUGCUUGCUGAGAGAUCUGCAGAAGCUACUUCCAAACCAGUUGUAUCAAGAAAGAAGUCUUCUGAAAGGACAUUUUUCAGUCCAUCUCCAGAUAAUGAGGCGGAAUCCCCAAAGAUAGGUUCUUCGGGAAAGACAUCAAGUGGAGACACCCAACAAAAUGCGGGAAACAGCGAUGUUCAUCACAGUGUGAUUACAGAGGAAUCUCGUGCUGACGUGGAAAGGCUGAAAACUCAGAAUAUAAAUUUCACAAAAGGAAAAAGUAACCACCAGAAUGUAAUUACUUCAGAACUCCAUUCCACAGUGACGACAAGAAUAAGGUUUCCAUCAAAUGAAAAGGAAGGGGAAUCGGAUGCCCAGAUCAAAUCAAGCCAGCUGAGGAGCUGCACUGAAAUCAGAACUGAGGAAGAGGAGACCAUUAGAAUUACUCUACCUAAAAAAAAUGCCACAAGCCACCACAAAGUUGACUUCUGCACCACUAAAAAUCUGCCCUUAGCUCCUGCCUCAAAUAAAACGUGUGUCGGGAGUCUAAAGAUUCAACUACAAAACAAAUCUGCCAGGCGGAUAGAUGGCACUUUAACUAUAAUCGGUAAAAGACAGCCACACACUUCCAAGAAUGCUGAGGCAGCUACUGGAGUCAAGGCAGACGCAAGACCUCAGACCGAUGAAAUAUCCAAAGUAAAAGCUGAUGAUGCACAGCAUAUUUCUGACAGAGUGCACAGAAUUGAAGGAGAGAAGACUGCAGGUGUCCCUGUUGAAGCUGCACCUUUAAAGUCCUUUUAUGCGAUGGAUACUGAUGGAUCAGAGGAAAGCUGCCCAGUUGACAGAGUGCCUUCAGGGUUGUGUGGACACAGUGAUGUGAAAAGUCAGUCACCUUCUGUGGAUAUGCAAACUUCUGAAAUGAGUUUAUCUGAAGUUGAGAAAGGAGUCUCCUCACAAAGUUUUAAGAAAAAUCAGGACCAGAUAGAUACAGCCAAGUGUCCUCUAGACCCAGCAGCACCACAGAAUGUGGAAGCACCCACAACUUUAUUGUCUGAUAAGGACAAGAAUGCAAGCCAUGAUCUUAAUCAAGGGAAGAGGUCAGGUAAUGUAGUAGUCAGAACUGUGGCAUCUGCACAGCAGCGUCUACCAACGUCUCCGUCAGCAGACGAUGUAGCUUUGUCACAGGCUUCUGAAACCAUCAUGUCGGAACUUGAGGAGAAAGGCCCUGUGAAAGCUGCUGAUGAGAGGCCUACUGACACGGGUAAGCUUGCUCAACAGCGUGCGCCAGCAUUGCACGUUAGUGACUGCAAAGCACAGGACUCACUUCCUCGGCCCAAAGAAAUGUCUGGAAAAGCUGAAUCUGAAAUCAAGACAGACACAAAUGCCAGCUGUACUAUUGAGCAACAAGAAUGCCUGGAUACUUCAGCAGCUGAAACUGACUCAGCUAUCAAGUUAAGUUCAUUACAGACGCAGGCAAAAGAAACUAAGAAAAUAAGUGGUUCAGCAUCAGGUGUCAAAGUGAAUUUGACUGAGAAAGAGGAUACGGUAUCAGAUGCACUUGCAGGUGAUGGUGUCUUACCUUUGCAAGUGGACCCAGUGGGCUCAGAGCAUAAGGUAAAAGACACAGGUCUUGCUUCAUCUUUAUGUGAACAAACGUCUGAAAUUAACACUGACAUCUCUGCAGGUGUUAUUACUGACAGCAAACCAAGAUCUACUGAAGCAGAAAUAGGCCCUGAUUUCCCUUCGCAGCAGAAUGUGUCCAUGCUCCACAAUCAUGGUUCGGAACCGAAAGAGAAAACGUCUCUCCAAACUGCGCAAGCACUGAAAACCACGGAGGCUGUAGUUGACAAAGCAUCGGCAAGGAGUUCUAAUGAGCAAACUGAUAACUCUGAAACAAAGAAUGGAUCCCUUGAGCCUCCACAAACUAUUAAAAGCAGUAUGUCCGAGGCAGAAAAGUGUACAACAACAAAUAGUGUUAUUGAACAGCAGAAAUCCUUGGGUACUGCAGCAACUGAUGAUGCCGUGCCUGUAAAGUUGAAUUUGAGAAAAUCUGAGGCAAAGGAUAGCUCACCUCAAAGUGUUGAAAUACCCAAAACACAGAAUGAAGCACAAGCAAACUGUUUUAAUGAUCAAAGAUCAGGCACAUUACCAGGGGAAGCUGCCCCAGCUUUGCAAGUGAAUGACACGACACAUGUGUGUGAUCAGGCCCCUAAAAUUAAGACUGAUACUGUAGCAAAUGCUGCUGGUGACAUUGAAUCAGGGUCCAGUAAAGUAAAACUGGAGUCUGCACUGCCUUUACAACAGAUCACUCCAACAAUUCAAAGUAAUGACUCUGAAAUAACAAAGGCAGAAUCAUUUCAAAAUACACAAGCUCUUGAAACUAUGAAGGCUGAAAUUAGCAACGAGGAAUCAGUGGGGUUUUCUAAGGAGCAAGUUACCAACCGCAAAACAAAUGCAUCCCCUGAGUCGAGACAAAUCUUUGAAAGUGCUGCGUCUGAAAUGGAAAAUGACGGGAAUCCAGAUACUGUUCUUGAGCAGCAGGAAAGCUUAGAAGGCAGAUUGCCUGCAGGGUUAGCUUCCCGACAGACAGUCCAAAGAGAAAAUGAAAAAAUGAAGACAUCACCUCAGAGUGUAGAAGUGUCAGAUAUGUUGAUCAGUGCUGACAGUAAUCGACCGAUUAAUCAAGGGAUGGUCAACUUGCCACUUGGAGAGAGUGAGGCAAACGAUGCAUCCGUUCAUUUACAAACCUCUACCACUGAGCAUGCAAUUGUCCCUGCUAAUAGCGGUGGUGACACAAAAUUGGGCCCAACUGAAACAAAACUUGUCCAAGACCGAUCCAUAUUAGAAAACAGGGGUAUUGAUAAAAAUAGCACAGCCUCUUCCCAGAGUGUACAACCACCUGGAACUGCAGCAUCUGACCAGAAUGGGGGUUCUUUGGAGCAAAAUGGUAGUUCAGACAGGACACCCAGCAAGUUUGGCCUGCCCCUCUUAUCAAGCACACCUAAAAUACAUCGGGAGGUGGAAUCAAAGAGUGCAAACUCAGCUUUGAAUUUGGAGGCAUCUGCAAGAAAUUUAUGCGGAGAAAAAGAUCCCUUUGCAACAGCGGCAUUUGGGGAAAGGACAGAGGUCGGUGCACUGACAAAUGCACAAAGUAUAGAAGUAUCACACCCAGGCAAAGCUAUUGUAAAGGAAUCUUCCAUUGUCAUUGAUACAUGUACAGAUAAAGUGAACGUGGACCUGCAGUCAACAACAAAUGGCUUUACGACCACUAUAGAACCGGCAGGCUCAAUUUCCCAGCAAGAAAGUGAAAUCACUGUUUCGUUCAAUGAAGGCAGUAGCUUGGACAGCUCUUCUGACAUGGAUAGCUUUACAGAAACAAUUCGUCGAUAUGGCAAUCCCAUUCAAGUCCAAAAAAGGCAGCGGGUUCCUAAGGUGCCUUUAGCACCACCGUUCGCCAUGCCACCAAUCCAGGAAGAUCAAAUUUCACCAAAAAAGGAGAAGAAAUUUGACCCGAGUACAUUUAAGUUUGGCUUAAUGAAAAAAAGUAUCCGACAAGGUGAAGCUCCCUCCAGUCUCCUCAAAAUGCAACAAAUAGAAACCAAAUCGAAAGUAAUUAAGCGUGCAUCAGCAGAGCAAAGCUUGCUCUUUAAAACUCUAACUAAUAAGAAGCCGCUAUUUAAAAAACAUGAUCGUGUGCAGGAUGAUCUUGCCUCUGCAUCUGACAACAAGAGAUCACGUUUAGAGAUGGGAAAGACACUUGGCCAAACAUCCAGUUUAUUAACUGAACCUGAGACAUCUGAUGCUACCUCUCCAUCAUUACAGAAAAAUUAUACUGAUAAAGAACUUGAAUGUGAUUUGUCAAAUACAACCGCUUCAGAAAUCCCAUUACCAGCUGACACAGAAAAAUGCUUGAAAUCCCAUACCUCUGAAAAUGAAAGUAAUUCUCUUUCUGUAUCAGAAAAGUAUACGGAAAAUGGUUCAACCAUCCCUAAUUUGAAACCGAAUCUCUUCGAAAUUAAUACAAAUUUUGGGGCUAGUGUGAACACAAGUGAACCAGUUAGUGAACUCACAUUCCAGGGGCUGGAUUUUCUGCAUCGUGAUCAAAACCCUCCAAGCUUAUUCGGUACCGACCUGUUUACUCCCAAGAGUGAUUUUCCCAAUCAACUGGACACUGAGAUACCUGAAAAGGAAAAUGUAAGAUUAAACUCUAGACCUGGAAAGAUUGUCAUCUAUAGUGAGCCCAGACUUAAUGGAGAAGCUUCUGAAUACUUUCAUGAUGUUCAAGAUGCUACGUCCUUAAAGUUGUCCUCUGAAAUUUCUAUUAGAGUAGUAAGAGGCUGUUGGCUUCUUUAUGAGAAACCAAACUUUGAAGGUGGCAGAGUCGCUUUGGAGGAAGGUAUAGUGGAGCUGACAGAUAUUUGGAGAAGGGAGGAGAAUGAAGGCGAUACAUCGACCUGUAAUGAAUCUGUUAUUGGAUCGAUAAGAAGAAUAACUAAAGAAUGGUGUUUGCCUGAAAUAAGUUUAUGUACAGAGCUGGAUGGUUUGGGAAGAAGAACAACAUACUUUGAUGAAAUGGAGGAGAUAGCGACAUUUGGGAUCCUGGAACCAACAUUAUCCCUUGAAGUAAUUUCGAGCACAUGGCUGCUCUUCGAAGAGCCCUUUUAUCAAGGAAAUUCUUACAUUGUGGAACCUGGUCAGUAUCCAUGUCCAGAAUCUUGGGAAGCUACGGAUCCAUACAUCGGCUCGCUAAGACCAUUAAAAAUGGGUGCAUUAAAAGUAGAAAACCUUCAUGAACAUAAGGUAAUCAUAUAUGAAAAACCAUUGUUUGAAGGCAAACAGCUGGAAAUAACAACAGAUGUAUUCAGCUUCACUGAAGAUGAUGAAGUGUCGGCUUUGUGCCACACGUAUCCGUUUGCAAAUAUUGGAUCAAUGCAGGUCUUAGGAGGAUUUUGGGUUGGUUAUGAGAAACCAGGGUUUCGAGGUCAUCAGUAUGCACUUGAGGAAGGACAGUACAGAGCAUGGAAUGAAUGGGGAGGCUACAACAGACACCUACAGUCUUUGCGGUUUAUCCAUGUUGACUUGUCAAAUCCAGCCAUGAUAAUGUACAGUGACACAAACUUUUCUGAAAAAAGUGCAAGCAUUGAAGUACUAGGGCCUGUCCCCGUCUUGGAAGAGACUGACUACGGAUUGAGGACAAUGUCCAUAAAUGUUCUCAGUGGAACCUGGGUUGCAUACGAGAAUUCUGAUUUCACAGGAGAACAGUACAUUCUUGAAAAGGGGCUAUACACUACCUUCGAAGACUGGGGAGCAAGAAAUUGUACCAUCGCUUCAGUUCAGCCUGUUGUAGUGGAUGCAGUGGAUAGCGAACUGUCUAAAUUUAAGGUGAAAUUCUUUUCUGAGCCUGAAUUUCAAGGAAGCGUACAAAUCUUCGACAUGGAUGCAGUCCAAUUUCCUGAUGGCUUUUCAUCCAAGUCCUGUGAAGUUCUAAGUGGCAGCUGGGUAGUUUUUGAUGCAGAGAAUUUCACUGGGAGACAAUACGUACUUGAGGAAGGAACUUACCCUGACUUGGCAGCUAUGGGCUGUAUAGUUGAUACGUGUAUCAAAUCCGCAAGGACAGUAAACUUUUGUUUCUCAAUGCCAGGCAUAAUACUCUUUAUGCGAGAGAAAUUUGAAGGAAAGAGAGUUGAGUUGAACUCGGAAGUGUUGAAUCUGAAAUUAGAAGGAUAUAAUACUCGUGUUUCUUCACUCAAAGUUAAUGGUGGAACGUGGGUUGUUUACGAAGGCAGUAACUUCAGAGGUCGACAGAUAUUGCUACAGGCCAGUCAGAUACCCAAUUGGCAUCAGCACACUGGAUGGCAUGUGAUCGGUUCUCUGCGUCCGCUAAUUCAGAGGCGAGCAUACUUCAGGGUACGAAACAGAGGUACUGGAGCAUUCUUGACUUUGACUGGAGAACUGACUGAUGUGAAAAUGAUUCGAAUACAGGCUUUGGAAGAAACCGGAAUGGAUGAUCAAAUCUGGUUCUACCAGGAGGGGUACAUUAAAAGCAAGAUGGGUGAAGAUUAUUGUUUGGAUAUAACAGGAAGCUUGCUUGGUAUAGGUUCAAGACUGGGGAUUUCAAUACUCCACAGUAAAGACAUUCACAUCUGGAGCAUCGAUUCCAAUGGAGUCAUAUGGAAUUGUAUUAGGACUGACUUGGUUAUCGACAUAAAAGGGGGUCAGCAUUACGACAAGAAUCAUGCUAUUCUCAGCAAAUUUGAUGAGGUUCGGCCAACACAGAGGUGGGACCUGGAUAUCGUUUGACUCUUUCAGGGUGGAAACAGAAAUGAAAAAUCGUGAAGCACUUUCUAAA